UACUUAUUUUUCAAUUGAAUGUAAUUGACUACCUAAUUGAGUGCCACCUAUGCAUUGGGAUCUCUUUUAAUUAAUACAAAAUUGAGGUUACAUCUUUUCAAAUGUUCCUCAAUUAAUAUAUAAGGGAUAUACAUAUAGAAUACAUAUAUAUAUAAUGUGAAAACAAAAUCUACUUUUUAUUAUGCAUAAAUUUAAAUGAAAAUAAUAGCUUUGUGUUAUUAUGAUUUAAAAAUGAAUAAAAUAAAGAAAAUAUAUUAUGCUUAUAAUGUUAUUGAAAUCAAUAACUUUUUUCUUUAAAUAAAACAUAUAUCUUUUUGAUAAAACAUAAUAUUUAAUCCAAACUAAGGUUUUGCUAAAAAAAAGUUAAUGAAAAUAUUAUUAAUUAAACACAUUUUUAAUAGGGCUCCAAAACCUGAUGAGGAGACUCUGCCUUUGGAUAUGAUUUUCCAUAAGUUGUACCUUUAACUUUUAAGAUUGUUUUGGAUACAUUUUUGUAUAAUGGGGCUAUUGAGACACUCAAAGGUUGGAAAAAGGAGCACCGUUUUCUCUUUACCUUGCACAGAACAGAAGUACUUCUCACAUGUUGCUUGUGCCAAGGGUAACACUGAGAACGAAUUAGCUAUACUCAAUGGGUAUGAUGAAAAUUUUGUUGAAGGCUUUAGAGCAGUUUUGAUUGACAAGGAUAAGGUUUGUUUCAUUGCCAACAAAUUUUUGUCUUUGUCUAUAUCAAACCCUCUGAAACAAACGAAACUGAUGCUAUCUGAGAAAAUUGCAUCUCAGAAUCCGAAAUGCAACCCGGCAAGCAUUGAAGAGGUAGAGGAAAACGAGAUGGAAGUUCUCUGUAAACCAUUAAGUCCAUAAGUGGAAGAGUCAAAGGUCUAAUUCUAACUUGCUUUCUGCUCAAAGUUUGUGUGCAAACAAAAACCAAAUCUUUUUUUUUAGCCAUGUUGAAGAACCUGUUACUGUAAUAGCUUCACUUAAUAUUUGUUUUUGAUUAA